AUGGAAUUAAAAAAGGAGCUACUGCAGGGAUUGUUGGACAAGAUUGCUAUACCGUCUCCUCGCGUACUACAACAACCAGCAUCGCCUCUAAUGAAAGCGAGGCAGUGUAAACACAAGUCCAGGAACAUGAAAAGAUCGGGUGACAGUGAGGGGGAGAAGAGAAGAAAGAGGCGGAAGCUACUGCAGGAGUUGGGAGACCAGAAGAUCCCCUUUCUGGGACCUUCAGAUCGGGGCUAUCAGCAACUGUGGGACUCCAGUUACUCUGGCCUGAUUCUGAGGAGAUCCUGCUCGUUGCCUGUGGAGCUCCAUGGCCGGGUGCAGGCAGCUCUGCUCACCCUAAGAAGGAAGGGAUGCCUCCUGAGGGAUUUGGUACGUGUCCGUGACAGAGAUGUGUUCACCGCCGUUUCCCGGGCUCUGCUGGGUGAGCCGGGCCACACCUAUCGCUAUCUGGACACACGGCUCUUUACCAUCCCCUGGCACAGUGAGGAUGCUGAUGUCAAAGGACAAAACUGUUGUGACCCUGACUUGAGGGCUGCUUGCAAGGCAUUGUGGGAGCUUAACACCUUCUUCUGCUCUGACGUGUCUCAGCUAAAGGAGGGAGACAGGCUGACACAAUGUGUGAAGGGGGAGACAGAGGCCAAGCAGGGUGAAGAGGGGGACACAGGGUCUAAGCACAGUGAAGACUCCAAGAAUAGUGAAGGAGGGGACUCAGAGUCUCGACAAAGCGAGGAGGGGGACACAGAGUCCAAGCACAGUGAAGAGUGGGACAUUGAGUCAAAACACAGUGAAGAGGGCUGCUCUGGGUCCAAACAGGAAGGAGAAUGGGAGACUGAGUCCAAACACAGCAGCGAGGAGGGAGAGUCCUCCCAGGCCAAACCAAGUGAAAUGGUUGUCGCAGCAGGGUCAGAGCACAGUGAAGGCAAAUUCCCCGGCUGGGCACCCAAGGCCCUGACUGGCCCUGAGACUAAACCUGUGGGACUCGGGGCCCAAGAGAAACCCUUGACCCAACUCAAGCAUAGUUUGUCAGAUUAUCACAUUGAAGACAGGAAGGAACAGGCAAGCGGGCAGAGCUGUUCCCAGCCGAGUCCUCCGCCGGUGUGCACUGGUCCGGUCAAGUUCAAUGUCACCCUACUCAACUACAUGGACCCGGCAGCUAUGAGCCAACUCAAAGAGGAGCCUUACUAUGGCAUGGGGAAAAUGGCAGUAGGGUGGCACCAUGAUGAGAACCUCAUCACUCAUACGCCGGUGGCUGUUUACAGCUAUAGCUGUCACGAGGAAAAAGGUGAGAGCAGUGAGGGAGGCAGCAGUGGGAAGGCAUGCUGGAGGAUUGGGCUCAAGGUAGCCUGGGACAUCCAUACACCUGGCCUGAUGCUGCCGCUGGAAUCUGGAGACUGCUAUUACAUGAGAGAUGACCUGAACAGUACCCACCAGCAUUGUGUCCUAGCUGGAGAGACUGCACGCUUCAGCUCGACACACAGAGUGGCUGAGUGUUCCAGUGGGACCCUGACCUACAUCCAGUCACGGUGUCAAGAGGCCCUGUCCAACCUGCACACUGACCCAGAGACGGGCUCCCACAGUCUGCUGACCCUGCUGCCAACAACGCUACAGCACUGUGAGGACAUUCAUAAUGAGGUGGAGUUCGAGUGGCUGCGGCAGUACUGGUUUCAGGGCCAUCGCUACACCCGCUUCUGCAGCUGGUGGACCAGACCAAUGGAGCAGCUGGAGCAGGACUGGAAGCUCAUGGAAACGAUGACGAUGCUCUUUCUGGAUACAGUGGAGAAGGAGGAGGGCCAGGCAGGAGAGGGAAGGAGGGAGCUGGCAGAAACCUUGCUCUCUGCCUUGACAGACAGACACCAGCAAAGACAGACAUGGAGAGACAGGUGCCACUCAAAUCUGGCCCAGACAUUACCCCCUGAGGAGGCCCCAGUGGACCGGCCUUUCUGGGGUGUGGAUGACCCCAGCAUGCCGCUGCCCUUUGAUCUGGCUGACAUCAUCAACAGAGUGGAGUCACUGCUCUGGAGGAUGUGAAGGAUGGAUGGAGGAACUGAGAAAGAAAGAAAAAAAUCCCACCAGCUUUUUUGAAUGGCCCCCACAUCAGUUGAGGGGACAAGACCACUGAUGACACCUCCGUUGUGAUCCCAUCAAGACUGAUUUCCUUUCGAUUGGUUCAUUUACACCCCCCUCCCCCCUUACUCCACCCUCCACAACCCAGCUGACCCUGGCAUCUCAGCCGCUCCAGCUCGGAGUUGGCUGGAAGGAAUCCAGAGCACCACAAUAGAACCAGAAUAGUGCUUCAGUAACAUGCUAACAACGCAAGCUAAGCAACCAGCUACUAGUGUCACAACGGUCUAACGAAACAUAAGUGGAACCUGCAUUUCAGUGUUAGCAUACAUGUGUAACUAUUUAUUUCAGUGUAUUCUGUUACUUAAUCUCAUGUAACCCAGACAUGCUUUUAUCAAUAGAUUGACUCAUUCUCAGUAGUUACAGUACAGUACAUACAUAUACAGUAUGCUUUCUAUUUGUCACACAGUGUUAUAUUACAGUAUAGAAUGGUAAAAAGAAAAAAAAACUCACUUUGCUCACAUGGUAUUGCAUUCUUCACUUGUGUAUAGUGUAUUACCUUUUAUUGUGUUCAGAAAUGGAAUGAGGCUGAAGAGACCAAAGAAAGAUUAUUAUAAGAAAGUUAUGAAUGUCACCCAACGGAGAACAUGAAGAAUGUGUUGUUUGGUGUUUCGGUGCGUUUGUUGUGCUUGUGCCAUAUGAAGGCGGGACAGCGUGUUUGU